CUAACUUGUUUCCCGUUAUCAAUGGGCGGGGUUUUUUUCUCUGUAAACAACAUGCCUGGUUUGGAUCCUGCAGAUGUGAACGAGGAAGAAGGCAAAACAUCCCAAAAUAUUAUUGCAUUGGUAUCACAGUUUGCCGACGAUAACUUAACUUUUGUCCGGAACAUCAGCACUGGUCUCGCGCUGGCUGGUUUUCUCAUCAUAGCGAGGAGCAUCAGACUGAUUACUAAAUUUGGCUCCGCUGCUGAUAUUCCAGCACGUUUCAUUGAGAGAAACAUCAGUAUCAGAGGAAGAGUGAGAAAUGUAUCGGAGAAAGGGCUUGAAGUGGAACACAUUCCGAUUUAUGUCCCUUUGCUCAGCCCCCUGCUUACUAAACCAGGUCAGUCCGUGACCCUCCUGGAUGUGCGACUGGCUGGGGUGGAGCUGACCUCUGAAGGGCAACACUGGAUUGGUCAACAUCUCAAACCAGCUGAGAUAGUGUGGCUCCGACUCAUCGCUCGACAGGACGAGACCCUCCACUGCCUAGUGUCAGUUAACAGGGGCUCUCUCUUAAGCACUUGUGUGAAUGAGGAACUUUUGAGACAUGGUUUGGCUAGGACUUGUCCCCUGGUGGGUCUGGAACCUCACUCUCGGAUCUACUGGAGGCUUUAUAAGCGCUUGCUGAGGGCGGAGAGCAGAGCAGAGAAGAAAGGGAAAGGCUUUUGGAAAGAAGAGAGUCGUUGGGAGAGGGUUACUUAUGUCUUGAGAAACAAUACUGUAGUCAUGUCAAUCAAGAGACUUUUUAAAUGGACAUCUGGGAGUAGUAAAGAGUAAUAAACUAUUCAAUUUUCAAAAGGAUAAUGGUGGUUAAUCAUUGUGCAAGGUUUAUUAUUUAGUAUAUUUAUUCUAAAUGUAGUGUUGUGUAAUCACAGACAGGCAUGUCUUAAAGGGAUAGUUCAACCAAAAAUUUAAAUUCUGUCAUCAUUUACUCUAAAACCUAAUGACUCUUUCUUCUGUGGAACACAGGAGGAGAGUCAGAAUGUUAGGGACACCAUUCACUUUCAUAGAAUCUUUUUUCCUUACAAGUGCAUGGUGACUGAGACAAACAUUCUGCCUAACAUUUCCUUUUAUGUUCCACAGAAGGUGACUAUAACAGCAGUUUUAUUUUUUAUUUUGUCAAAUAAAAUCUAUAAAUUAGCCAUAAUGUUUGCGCGCACACACACAACUAAAUGGGUGGGACUACCAGGCAGAAGGCAGAACACCACACUUACAAACACACUCAUGCUCACGCAUACAAAGAACAAAGUCUGAGUCUUCUACUUUAUACACAUUGAAUUUUCACAGUCCAUUGUUGUUUAUUACUGUUCAUUUUCUUGACAUUAUUAAUAAUUUACUUUAAUUACAUUUUGAUGUUUGAAAUAAAUGAUUGGUAAUAAAAUGAGUAUUUUAUGUCUUUGUAACUUCAGGUUAGGUUGACUAAGCAUAAUGUAACAUUGCAUAAACUGACACUUAAAAACAAAACAAAAAAAGUGCUAAAAAUUUGACAAUAAUUUGAUAAUGUCUAAAUGUAUAUCUAAAUGCAUAACGUGUGUUAAAAUGUAGAAAUACUACGCAGUAGGUGAAUGCAUAGAACACUGCGGCAUCUACUUGAUAUUGUUUUCAUAACAUGAUUUUCAAGUCAUGUCAUUUUUCUUUUUUAAGCAGAUGGCAGCAAUCUGCCCUCAAUA